AUGCAGAGCCAAGCCAAUCGCCGCUUCGCCACCUACCGCCACUCUUCGCCGCCUUCGCCCGACGCCGCCCUCCCCCUCUCCCUCGCCGAUGCCGAGCCCCGAGGACCUUCCUCCAUGUUCUGGUUCAUCCUCCACGGCUUCUGCUGCUUCGUUAGCCUUGCCCUUGGCUUCCGUUUCUCCCGUGUGACCGUCCUCCUCCUUUUCUCCACCUCCACCCUCAACUCCACCCCCUUCCUCCUCACCACAACGACGACGACCACGACCACCACUACCACCACUACGACGACCCCCACCACCCGAACCAAGACCGUCACCAUCUCCCAUCUGCCCUCGCUCACUCCGGCUGCUCACCUCCCGCCGCAGAACCGGACGCAAGGCCACGUCGUCGUCGGCAAGCAUGGCAUUCGCAUCCGGUCGUGGCCGCACUCAGAACUCACCGAGGUGCUGCGGGCGCACGAGAUCAUCCAGAGCGUUCAUCGCGAGCAGCGACCCUAG